UAGAUUUUUUGCCAACCAGUUGUAUGGCCAGACAUCGAACAACACAGUGGACCAAACAUACGCCAAAAACCUGGCUUUGAGACAUCGCAUGUGUGUGAUUGAUUCAACAUUGAUGCCAAACUGAACUCAGCAAUACGAGAUGGCCGUUACAAAGAGGAUUUGCUCCGGGUCACCCAGACAGGAGCAUGUGGACAUCCUGUUGUAGCUGGUCCUGUUUGGAACCCACCGCCACAGUGGAUGAAAACGGCAGCUCAUGGCGCCAGGCCUACACAAACUCGGGCAACAGCCAAUCCCCGACCUCUCCCGAACAUUUGUGCAAGGCCUGCGGGGGCCAUUUUGACACCAUCGCUAUAAAGCAUGUCUGUGUGGACUGCAAGAAGAACUUCUGUGGCAGCUGCUCGGUGCAGCUGGAGCCGCCACGCCCGCGCCUCUGCCACACAUGUCAGCGCUUUCAUGGAACCCUCUUCGACCGCGCCCAGUUGAUGCGACUCAAGGUGCGGGAGCUGCGCGACUACCUCCACCUGCACGAGGUGCCCACCCAGACGUGCAGAGAAAAGGAGGAGCUGGUUGAGCUGGUCCUGGGCCAGCAGACCCCCAGCACGAGCAGAAGCAGUGAGACUGUAUCCUCCCAGCCCGGGGCUCACAACAACAUCCCCUCCUCAGACACACCGUCCCCUCCCCAGACACAGGGCCCUACUAGCCCCGACACAUUGAGCCCAGAGCAGCCAGAACAAUCAGCCCCUGAGGCAGAGCCGGAGUCAGAGCAGAUCUCUGAGGAGGAGGAUGAUGAAGAAGAAGAGGAGGACGAUGAUGAAGAGUCAUCGGACAGCGAGGAGACCCUGAUGCCCGGCCGCAGGGCCUCUCUGUCUGACCUGAGCCGCGUGGAGGACAUCGAGGGCCUGAGCGUGCGCCAGCUUAAGGAGAUCUUGGCCCGCAACUUUGUCAACUACAAAGGCUGCUGCGAGAAGUGGGAGCUGAUGGAGAGGGUCACCCGCCUCUACAAUGACCAGAAGGACCUCCAGAACCUAGUUUCAAAUACAAAAAAUGAAGAAGACCCAGCGGCUCCCAAGAGCCAGGAGGAGAACAUCUGUCGGAUCUGCAUGGACUCUCCCAUUGACUGUGUGCUGCUGGAGUGCGGCCACAUGGUCACCUGCAGCAAGUGUGGCAAGCGCAUGAGCGAGUGCCCCAUCUGCAGGCAGUACGUGGUACGGGCGGUGCACGUCUUCAGGUCCUGAUGCAUGGCCACAAGGAGGGACACAGUGGACAAAGGACAAAAUGGCAUUGCUGCCACUACUGCUCAGAGAUGGUAUAUCUUACAAGAAUACACUCUAUAAUGCACACUCUCACUCAUUCAAUCAGUCUUCCUCUUACUGGCAUUCCAGAGAAAUAACAUGUCUCCACUUUUCUGGGUUCUCUGUUUUUCUACUCCACCUGAACCUAUUAUUUCUGCACUAUCAGCAUUUUACAAGAACUCAAUAUUUCAGUACAAUAACUUUGUUGUUCAAAAGAGUUAGGUAUCAUGUAUUCACAUUGGUGCCAGUCAAACACCAAACUAUAUUGGCACUUUGCAUGGGAGGGCAGCAGUACCUUUUCAAAUACUGAGGUUAUUGGGUAGAGAUCAUGUUUCUUUCAACCCCACACACAGGCAAGGUUAUAUUGCAUUUUUCUGUCUUUGCAUUUGUGUGCAUGGAGAAACACAACUAAGUUCCAUAGCUGAGAAACAGAGGGCCUUACUAGAGAGGGCAUCGAAUAACAAGCAAUGUGCUCACUCAAAAGUAUUUGUUCUAGCAAUGAAUGAAAUGCUGAAUCCUGGUAAGAGAGGGAACAUGUUAGGCUACUCUGUUCAUAUCAAUAGCAAAACAGACAGAGUGGCCAGAAUGGUGCUAUUUGACCAGUGAUGAACAACACUCAUAACAAAACAGAGAGAAUGGCCAAAAUGGUGCUACUUGACCAAUGGUAAGCAACACUCAGGGCCCCAUUUUGACCUUGCAAAUAAGCGGCAUUAGUGUGUGUAAUUUGUGCAUUAGGUGCCGCACGGAAUACUUGAAGUGAUAAGGUCUGUUUUGCGCCCUCCAAUUGUCACACUCCGAGUUCAUUACCUGCAACCCAGCUGUUCUUUUAAUUGGUUUUGUGGUCCAGAGAGCUAUCUUGAGGUUGCAGUGCACUUGCUAAGCAUAGAACCCAGGCCUUAUCUGUCUUAUUGGCUAUCCUUCAGACACAGAGCUGUGUGAUGGUUUAAACACAAGUGUCUGCUUGUAGCUCACUGAAAGUAUUUGAGGAGGGUCAAGGAGGGGAUAAUGCUUGGUUUAAUUCGCCCUUUUAUGGUCAAACUACUCUUUAACUUGCAGAUAUUGUAUAAAAACAGGAACAGAACACAUAUUGACUUGACAGUAAUAGACAGUUAAUAGUUCUGUAAAUGAGCCACAAUGGGGACAUUUUCUGAAAUGUAAACCAUACACAGUAGAUAUGCAUUUUUUUAAAUUCUCUGUAUAUCAUAAAUUGUUUGCUGUUGUUUGAAGUUGGUUCCAUGACCUUACCCCAAAUUAGGUUUGGGGUGAAGAGAACUGACCUCGUUUAGCAGAAUGUCUCCAUUCCAAGGCUCUCACAACCUCUCUCUUAUCAGCAAGUGCCCCAGAACAGAGUGCUCAUUGACUUAGCUGACGUAGUGUACUGAAUGCACUCAUUUCCUAAUGGCAAGUUGAUGAACUGUUUUAACUACUAGUUUAUCAGAACAUCACAGUUUUCUGCAAAUUUACUUUGUUUGUGGGGGUGUUUUUAAAGCUAGAAUCCUUAAUUGAACCAAUAACAAAGCGACACCCUGCCUCUGUUUCAGUAUAAAGCUGAGGGAUGGGCCUGGAGAAAUGUAACCACUCUCAGAUUCAUAGACAGAGCUAAGGACUGACCAU